UCUCCAGCCAUGCAGCAUUAUGGAGUGAACGGAUAUUCCCUGCAUGCUAUGAACUCGCUCAGCGCCAUGUACAACCUGCACCAACAGGCGGCACAGCAAGCGCAGCAUACCCCCGACUACCGGCCCUCGGUGCACGCCCUGACCCUGGCAGAGAGACUGGCUGACAUCAUCCUGGAAGCCCGAUAUGGGUCCCAGCACCGCAAACAGCGCCGGAGCCGCACGGCAUUCACCGCCCAACAACUGGAGGCCCUGGAGAAGACCUUCCAGAAGACGCACUAUCCUGACGUGGUGAUGCGGGAACGACUGGCAAUGUGCACCAACCUCCCGGAGGCCAGAGUGCAGGUUUGGUUUAAGAACAGAAGAGCCAAAUUCCGCAAGAAGCAGCGGAGUCUCCAGAAAGAGCAACUGCAGAAACACAAAGACUCCGAAUCUGGCAGCAGUGAGGCCAAGCCUGACCCCGCCCCUGCGGAGCCAGCAGCCCCUCCCCGGGAUUCCAAGGCCUUGCACAGUACGGUCAGUGACACCACCCUGAAGCUGAACUCAGCACUGUCCGACCAGUCUGCCAGCGAGUCUGCGGCAGAAGACCAAACCGACAAAGAGGAGGAGCCUAAAACCCCCCGGGAAGAGACCAAGAGCGAGAAGCCUUCCCCCGCAGAGUCCAAAGUCCUGAACUAUAAGAGAGCCAGUCCCAAAACAGAGUCUCCAGUCGGCAGCACCAUGAACCCGGUGUCCAGUAAUUGUCUUCCCCCGACUCAUUCCUACUCCUCCUCUCCGCUGAGUCUGUUCCGCCUGCAAGAACAGUUCCGACAGCACAUGGCGGCCACCAACAACCUGGUCCAUUACUCUUCCUUUGACAUGGCCAGUCCCCCGGCGGUGCCCUACCUGGGCAUGAAUGUUGGCAUGACGCCCCUCAGCAGCCUGCACUGUCAGUCCUACUACCAGUCCUUGUCCCACGCUCAGCAGGUCUGGUCCUCUCCCAUCCUGCAGGGCUCCGGGGCCCUUCCCAGUCUCAACAGUAAAACAACAAGUAUUGAGAAUCUGAGGCUCCGAGCAAAACAACACGCGGCCUCAUUAGGACUGGACACGUUACCCAACUGACUCUCCACUAUGGAUGGUGGCGUGCCCCCCGUGUCCCCCAUUAUAAGGUGGGCGCUAUGGAUGGUGGCGUGCCCCCGUGUCCCCAUUAUAAUGUGGCUGCUAUGGAUGGUGGCGUGCCCCCGUGUCCCCAUUAUAAGGUGGGCACUAUGGAUGGUGGCGUGCCCCCGUGUCCCCAUUAUAAGGUGGGCGCUAUGGAUGGUGGCGUGCCCCCGUGUCCCCAUUAUAAGGUGGGCGCUAUGGAUGGUGGCGUGCCCCCGUGUCCCCAUUAUAAGGUGGGCGCUAUGGAUGGUGGCGUGCCCCCGUGUCCCCAUUAUAAGGUGGGCGCUAUGGAUGGUGGCGUGUCCCCAUUAUAAUGUGGCUGCUAUGGAUGGUGGCGUGCCCCCGUGUCCCCAUUAUAAGGUGGGCGCUAUGGAUGGUGGCGUGCCCCCGUGUCCCCAUUAUAAGGUGGGCGCUAUGGAUGGUGGCGUGUCCCCAUUAUAAUGUGGCUGCUAUGGAUGGUGGCGUGCCCCCGUGUCCCCAUUAUAAGGUGGGCGCUAUGGAUGGUGGCGUGCCCCCGUGUCCCCAUUAUAAGGUGGGUGCUAUGGAUGGUGGCGUGCCCCCGUGUCCCCAUUAUAAGGUGGCCGCUAUGGAUGGUGGCGUGCCCCCGUGUCCCCAUUAUAAUGUGGCCGCUAUGGAUGGUGGCGUGCCCCCGUGUCCCCAUUAUAAUGUGGCCGCUAUGGAUGGUGGCGUGCCCCCGUGUCCCCAUUAUAAUGUGGCCGCUAUGGAUGGUGGCGUGCCCCCGUGUCCCCAUUAUAAUGUGGCCGCUAUGGAUAGUGGCGUGCCCCCGUGUCCCCAUUAUAAUG